AGUUCGGAUUCUCACCAUUCUCGCGUGCGCAUCGACGCUACGCUAACGCGUCGCACCGCCAGCCACGCCGAUUCAUACGGCCACGUCACUUUCGCCCCCCUUCUCCGCAUUCUGUUUUCUACUAUUCGCUAGUAUACUGCUACUAGUUCUUCUUCUUCUUCUUCUGUCUGAUCCACCAGCAAGGUUAGGUUAGGCUUCUUCUUGAGCAAGCGAUUCGGGGUAGUUGAGCUGGUUGCAACCCCGCUUUGUUGAUUCGUUCUUUGGCGGCAAAUUCGAUAUUCUGUUUCGCUCCCCCCUGGGUUUCUGCUUGGAAUUUAGGGGGUCACGAGAGCAAACCACGCGGUCCCGUUCUUGAAUUGCUGGAGAGGGGUGGGGAAGAAAGAUCGGGGGAAGAGGGGACGCGAGCUCAGCGGGCUUUGGUGCUUAAGUUCUUUCGGGUUUGUGUUCUUGUGAAGUUCCUCUGGCAUGGGGACGAGGAGGAGGAGGAAUCCGGUGAUAUUCUUGUUCUUGUGGUUCGUCAUGGCGUUUGAGCUGUGUGCAUCUCUGAAUCAUGAAGGUGUCGCUCUUAUGAGGUUUAAAGAGAUGAUUGAUGCUGACCCAUUUGAUGCUCUGUUGGAUUGGGAUGAAGGGAACGCCAGCCCCUGUUCUUGGUUCGGUGUGGAGUGCUCGGAUGAUGGUCGAGUUGUGGCCCUGAACUUACCAAAUCUUGGUCUAAAGGGUAUGCUACCUCAGGAGAUUGGAACACUUGCCCAUAUGCGUUCCAUCAUUCUACACAAUAACUCUUUCUAUGGAAUCAUCCCCACAGAGAUGAAAUAUUUACAUGAGUUAAAGGUGUUGGAUCUAGGAUACAAUACUUUCAGCGGACCAUUUCCAUCGGAGCUAAGAAAUAUUUUAUCCCUGAAAUUUCUCUUUCUCGAAGGCAACAAACUUUCUGGCAGUUUGCCAAUUGAAUAUGAGCUCGCCUCGAUGGACCAGACUUCUUUAAAUAAGAUAUCUACAGAAAGUAGGAACGAAGAGAAUGCCACAAGAAGAAAACUUCUAGCAAGCAAACAAAAACGUUCCCAAAAGAACAGGAUGCUUUUGUCUGGAACAUCUGAAUCACCACUGGAAAAUGUUACAAUGCCAAAGUCUCACCCUGAUAAUAUAACAGUGCCACAUCGUCCCGUAGCUCCUCGAUCAAGUUCUCCACAGCCGCCACUCCCUUCCGAACCCAUUCCCUCCCCUGCCCCUUCUAUGCCCUCCCCUGCCCCUUCUGUAUCCACCACUACAAACGGAACUUCAGGCCAAGAAAACAAGAGCAAGACAGCAAUAUAUGCAUCCAUCGGAGGAGUGGCCUGCUUGGUGGUUGUGGCCAUGUCAGCUGCACUCAUCCUUUGUUACCGGCACAGGAAGACUAGUACUGUGGUACCUUUUUCUCCAACAGCAAGUGGGCAAUUACAUACUGCUACUUUGGGAGGAAUAACUAAAUUCAAACGCUCAGAGCUUGAAACAGCCUGUGAAGGUUUCAGCAACAUAAUUGACACACUACCUAGAUUCACAUUGUAUAAAGGAACUCUCCCGUGUGGAGCAGAAAUAGCUGCUGUGUCUACAUUGGUGACUUACGCAAGUGGGUGGACAACUGUAGCUGAAGCACAAUUCAAGGAUAAGGUUGAAGUCUUAUCAAAAGUGAGCCAUAAGAAUUUAAUGAACCUUGUGGGUUACUGUGAAGAUGAAGAACCAUUCACUCGGAUGAUGGUGUUUGAGUAUGUUUCAAAUGGAACACUGUUUGAACACUUGCAUGUUAAAGAAGCAGACCAAUUAGACUGGCAGUCAUGCUUACGGAUAGCGAUGGGAGUGAUGUACUGUCUGAACUACAUGCAACAGCUGAACCCUCCUGUACUGCUGAGAGACCUAAGUACUUCUUGCAUAUACUUGACUGAAGACAAUGCUGCAAAGGUUUCCGACAUCAGUUUUUGGGGUGAUAAAAAAGAAGACGAAAAAUCUGAGGCUUCUGAUGAGCACAUCACAGUUUAUAAGUUUGCUUUGCUUCUGCUUGAGACAAUCUCUGGAAGGCGCCCAUAUUCUGAUGAUUAUGGCCUCCUUAUUCUUUGGGCACAUAGAUACCUCAUUGGUGACAAACCCCUGAUGGACAUGGUUGACCCCACACUCAAAUCAGUCCCUGAGGAGCAAGUCAGAGAACUCACAAAGCUGGUGAAAUUAUGCUUAAGUGAAGAUCCCAUGGAGAGGCCAACGGUGGCAGAGGUAACCGCAUGGAUGCAAGAGAUCACUGGGAUUUCUGAAGAAGAGGCGAUUCCAAAAAAUAGUCCGUUGUGGUGGGCUGAACUUGAGAUCAUCACAUCAUAAAAAGCCAGUUCAUUGCGCAAUAUUAUUGCUGCGGCAACGGUGUCCAUUCUUGCCUAGAUCACAGCAAAUUGUACAGUCGUUUAGGACCCAUUUUGGGCAGGCAAUUCAGUUGUACAGAUAUGCCUGCACUGCUCACACCCAUUCUUUCAUUCUUUGGUUCAUGAAACACACAUAAUCUCUGAAGUCCACUAAACAGUUGUGACGAAAGCGAGGAGUAUAAAUUUUCUACUAGUUUCUACACACAAUUCCUGCA